GCGCGGUAGCGAAGUGUCGAUUCGCCGAACAUAUGCCCUUAGUUUUGCUUUUAAUCUGAUUCCCUCGUCUAUAAAUAAUACCUUUACCGACUCUGUAAUCAUACAUUUGGGUCGUUUCAAAUUCCAGUUUCACGUUGUAGCUAUUGCUUAUUUGUUGUUAGAUUAUCGUUAAUUACGCAUUAUGGUUAGUUACUUGUCACCAUUUCGUUUCAUUCUCUUUAGUCUGAAACAACACUAGCACGUCAAAAACAUAUUGAGGACCUAAGACUGGAUUUAUGGCGCAGUAUUUACUACAGACGCUACUGCAGCCCAUCGACGCUUCUGGUGUUGUGUACUAUUUUUCAUUGUUCUCAUUGUUUAGUCUCUCCUCAUUCACGCUAUUCUGCUUAUUCUCCUAGUACACAAAGUACCUUCCGGCUAUCCGCGAACCUCUACAUCUCAGUAUAGAAUGUACCCCCCGACUACAGGCAAAUUUACCAAUAGUCAGGCGUUACAUUACUAGUCUACAAACUAAAAACAAAUAGAACGCUUUGUAGUCUUAUCAGCACUGUAUCAAAUAAAACUGAUUAAAGACCAAAGAAGUAGUGAUUUCUGCCUGUUCUACGGAUUUCUUCUUCGUUCGCGUGUAAUCAAGAAAAAACGAGAAAAUUCCGAACUACUUGCUACUAGAACUACUGCAGUCAACUGAUAACAAGGAAUCUGAUACCUCCACCUUACAAUACAACACGAGUUCAAAUAAAUCAACAACUAUAAUCACUCGUUACGAAAAUAUUUGAUUUACUAAAUGUUCAUCUAAUCAUCGUGUAGUUAAGUCCUCCACAUUGAUUGUGGUAUUUCUCUGUCUGUGAAUAACUUCAGUUUAAUUCAUAUUCCGGAAAUAAUCUUAUCAGAAUCUUCUGAUUGUUCAAAUAGAUCCGAUUGUGUGUUUAUAAACACAACUGUUUGAUCCAUUUAAACUGAGACAAUUUUUUAACUAAAUUGAGGGCAUUUUCAUUGAUAACAAACCAUACAAAGUUCAUCUCUCGAAGGUAUUGUUGAGAAUGGACCUUGACGACUACGUCAUUUCAGUGGUUCAAAUCCCGCCAGGCUACACUUCUAAAAUGCUUCUGGACACCUGCAAUCCUCAAGUAGAAAAAUUUCUUCGAAAGUUUAUGAAACGGUUAGUAAAGAAACCAGGUGCACUCUUCUCUCGUGUUUUACCGACUUCAAGUGAUGAAGGUGAUUCUCUCAGCCUGUGUGUUACAGAUUGUCAAACCCCUUACAUACCUUAUGUAAUAAAAGGAUCCGAUUCAUCUUGGCAUAUACGUCAGUUCCCCACACACAGACUGUCUGUUUGUUCACUAAAAAAUAACAAUGAUUGUGUUAUAUUAGAUGAGAAUAAAGAAGAACCUAGUCGUAAGUUAUUAAAACGAGCUCAUCCAGUUCGAGAAACCAGUCCUCAAUUAGUCAUCUCUAGCGAUGAAGAAAUCAGUCGACCAUCAAAAACGCGGAAAAUUGAAUCAAGAUGAAUACUAAUUAGAAGAUGUUUUGUACUGAUAUAUAUUUUUACAAUACGAAUAAUUUACAAAUAUACAGAUGUAUCCCAACUGAUAGUUUGAUUUUUACAAAGUUAUCAAAUAUGGGCAAUAUGAUCUAACAAUGAAUCAUUUUUCCUAAUUGACAUGUAUUGGUAUGUUAAUGAACGAAAACAUAGGUGGGUGACAAUCUAAUGUAUUUUAAAACAAAAUUACAGAGUAAUUUUGGUAAAAUAUAAGAACCAUAUAGUGAAUACUUCAUUUGUAAAUUUCCAUCAUUUGUCCUUCAUAUUCUGUAUGAUUCUUCAUGUUCACAAUUCCUUUCUUUUUUCCCUUAGUAUUUCUUCAACUCUAUUUUCUUAGUUUUCUACUGCCAGGUUUACCACUUUUGAUUGGUUUUACAUACUACUUAUGUCGAAAGACAUAAGUAGCAUACACCGUAGUACUACAUGAAAACAAAAAUUAAACAGUGCAAUUCAUUAACCGUUCACAGGGUUAUGUAUUAAACAAUGAGUUAGAACUAUUGUAUGAUAUUAGGAUACGUUUUACUUGUCUAAUUCGAAUUACAUGAAGUAAAAGUGAGCACCAUUCUGUAAGUAGAAUCUAAUCCUUGUAGAUCUAUACUUUUGAACAAAAGAUAUCAAUCAUCUUUUCCAAAUUAAAUACUAAGAAUGUUUUGGUGGAUGUUUUUUUCACUAUUAUAUUCAUAUCAUUCUAACACAAUGAGUAAUUCUAUUGUCCACUUUUGUUAUCUGUCAGACUUAAUAUUCACAUGUCUCUCAGUUUUCCAAUACUACUAACAUGGAAUAAGUAGCAUAAAAUAUUACCUAGAUCUUUUUCUGUAACGAAACAAUCGUUUGUAUGUUGCUAUGCAAUCAACAGUCGUUGUCAUAGUUUCACAUGGAGUUGGUUGUUAAAUAAAGCGUAGUGACAAUCCCAGGUUACUUGUGUGUUUACAUUAUAUAUUCAUAACAGAUGUGUAUGAGACAAUCAAACAUUGCAUUGUAAAUGCGAUGGUGAAGAUUUGUAACUCAGGUGGAAGAUUUUGGUGGAGUUUUGUUCUCUGAGCUGAAUGGUGUGAUCGUAG